AUGUUACUCAUACGCACAUCGUUGGGUUCGUUUGCUGGCUCACUCGGCCAUGCGUACCGUCCUUGCUUUGUUCCCGUUAAUUCGGCAACGACACCUGCCAUUCCGACUGUCGACGUCGUUGUUUUCGACCGUCUGCUGUUUCAGCGUCUGUCGGAGGACCUGAAUCUCUCGACCGUAAUCAUCGCCCAGUGUCUUGAUGACAGAAGUGCUGACCGGCGGGACAAAUUGUGUCAAUCCUUCGAAAGGUCACCGACUUGUGUGUUGCUUUUGGUCGUGUGA